CCACGUCAGACGCCAGAUCAUUCAGCAAUUUGCUGCCUCGGACGCAAGUAGCCGCGCUCAGACCACGAAGAACAAGCACAAGGCAAACGCAAGAUGCCUCGCAUCGAGACUGAGGUCCGCCUGGAUUUCAAGGACGUGCUCAUCCGCCCCAAGCGCUCCACACUCAAGAGCCGCUCACAGGUGGAUGUCCAACGCGAAUUCCGCUUCCGCAACUCGAAGCGCACGUGGUCUGGCGUGGUACGUGUAAAGUGGCCAUCACUCUGUAGUCGUCUCUUUUCAUUUGACAUUUUCAUCCACGACAGCCCGUGAUCGCCGCCAACAUGGACACUGUCGGCACCUUCGAGAUGGCUGUAGAGCUGGCCAAGCUCCAGUUCAUCACGUGCGUUCACAAGCACUACACGCCUCAAGAAUGGGCAGUCUUUGCAGCCAAACACCCGGAUGUGUUGCCCACCGUCGCUGUGAGUGGUGGCUCGAGCGCUGCGGACAUCGACAAGAUCACGGCCGUCCUCAAGAGCCACCCAGACAUCCGCUUCAUCUGCUUGGAUGUAGCUAACGGCUACUCCGAGUUCUUCGUCCAAGCUGUACGCAACGUACGCUCUGCAUUCCCGGAACACACAAUCAUUGCCGGUAACGUCGUGACAGGAGAGAUGGUAGAGGAGCUGCUGCUGUCCGGAGCCGACAUCAUCAAGGUCGGCAUCGGUCCAGGCUCUGUGUGCACCACUCGUAAACAAACUGGAGUGGGUUAUCCGCAGUUGUCUGCUGUGCUGGAGUGUGCUGAUGCCGCUCACGGUCUCAACGGCCACGUGAUCUCUGACGGAGGCUGCACAUGUCCUGGUGACGUUGCUAAGGCGUUCGGGGCUGGAGCAGACUUUGUCAUGCUUGGUGGGAUGCUUGCUGGUCAUGAUGAGAGUGGAGGAGAUAAGAUCGAGAUCAAUGGGAAGCUGUUCAAGAAGUUCUACGGUAUGAGCUCGUCCGAAGCCAUGAAGAAGCAUAACGGUGGAGUGGCGGAGUACCGUGCUUCAGAAGGCAAGAGCGUGACUGUGCCGUAUCGCGGACCGGUUUCUGGAACGUGCAAGGAAAUCCUGGGCGGCGUGCGCUCUACCUGCACGUACGUUGGGGCCAGCAAGCUGAAGGAAAUCAGCAAGCGUACGACGUUUAUCCGUGUCUCGCAACAAUUGAACGAAGUCUUCGGUCGCGCACCUAACGAGCAGGAGGAACAGGUGUCGAAGAAGCAGAAGACAGGCUGAGUUAGACCGAGUUCCAUGGCUUUAGAUAUUUCCAAAUAUUGUGGUAGAAGUCUAAUUGACUGAACUAAGCCGCUUGGUUUUUGUUUUGAUCAACGGACAGUCUUGAUGUAUUAUUGAUGAAACUAAGGCUUGCGAAGACUGGAAAUUGCUGCGGCUGUUGUGACAUAACUGCCUACGUGGAUGAAGCCUGUGGCGCCUAGCAAGAAUAAGAAGACCACCACAGACAGGUUUGAAAAUCUGAAUGCUGUAGUUUUGAAUACUAAUGCCGUGCGUUGCCCGGAUAUUUUUUGCGUUAAAAUAAAAAAAAUGAUAAAAAACAACAUUAAAAAUGUGCUUUCUAAAAAC